AGUGCUAGGAUUACAGGAGUGAGCAACCGCGCCCUGCCCUGGAGCUGUUUUUCUAACAAGCACUCAGAAGCACCUCCCUCCCCACCCUCCUCCAAGACUGGACCCACACCAAAGAGGGUCCCGCAGAAAGACCCCGCAGUCCUGGAGAAGGGGAGUUGACCCUCAGCCCCUGCCCCGCCGCGGCCGCUCCCGGCCCCGCGUGCGGCACUGGGAAAGGGGUGUCGGGUUACCAGCGCGGGGGCUCUAGUUAGCCUCGGGAACCUUGCUUUCAGCCGGACUCCGGGGACAGCGCAGCGCCCGCCCGAGCCCUCGGCGCUACCUCCCGCUCGCGGCCUCCGCAACCUUCAGGGAUGGCACUGGCGUCAUUGAUGAUGGCCCUCGGCUGCCUUGGCCUCCACACCUGGAAGGCCCAGGCUGUUCCCAUCUUGCCCCUGGGACUGGCUCCAGACACCUUUGACGAUGCCUAUGUGGGUUGUGCAGAGGAGAUGGAGGAGAAGGCAGCCCCCCUGCUAAAGGCAGAAAUGGCCCACCAUGCCCUGCUGCGGGAAUCCUGGGAGGCAGCCCAGGAGGCCUGGGAGGACAGGCAUCGAGGGCUCACCUUACCCCCCGGCUUCAAAGCCCAGAAUGGAAUAGCCAUUAUGGUCUACACCAACUCAUCUAACACCUUGUACUGGAAGUUGAAUCAGGCCGUGCGGACAGGCGGAGGCUCCCGGGAGCUCUACAUGAGGCACUUUCCCUUCAAGGCCCUGCAUUUCUACCUGAUCCGGGCCCUGCAGCUGCUGCGAGGUGGUGGGGGCUGCAGCACAGGGCCUGGGGAGGUGGUGUUCCGAGGUGUGGGCAGCCUUCGCUUUGAACCCAAAAGGCUGGGGGACUCUGUCCGCUUAGGCCAGUUUGCCUCCAGCUCCCUGGAUAAGGCAGUGGCCUGCAGAUUUGGUAAUGCCACCCUGUUUUCUCUAACGACUUGCUUUGGGGCCCCUAUCCAGGCCUUCUCUGUCUUCCCCAAGGAGCGCGAGGUGCUGAUUCCCCCCCAUGAAGUCUUCUUGGUCACCAGAUUCUCUCAGAAUGGAGCCCAGAGCCUGGUGACUCUCUGGAGCUAUAAUCAGACCUGCAGCCACUUUAACUGCGCCUAUCUGGGUGGGGAGAAGAGGCGGGGCUGUGUGUCUGCACCAGGAGCCCUGGGAACGGGUGACCUUCAUAUGAAGAAGAGGCGCUUCCAACAGCCUUGAGAAGCAAGAAUGUGGUUCCAGACCCAGCCCUAGCAGCCUUCUCCCCAACCAGGAUGUGGGGCUGGGGAGGCCACAGCAGGGCUAAGGGAACUCUGCUAUGUGGUGGGGACUUCCCGGGACAAGCAAGGGAAGUACUGAGGCAGCCACUUGAUUGAACGGUGUUGCAGUGUGGAGACAUGGAAUUUUAUUGAGGCAGCCACUUGAUUAAAAGGUAUUGCAGUGUGGA